AUGGCAGUGGAAAGUACGUGCGGCAGUAGGGGCUGCAGGACAGGCGGCUGCGGGAUCGUUGCGGGGCGCGCUGCCUGCGGGGUGCGCUACCCGCGUGGCGCGCUGCCCGCGGGGCGCGCUACCCGUAGAGCGCGCUACAUGCGGGGCACUAUUCCUGCGGGGCGCGCUACCUGCGGGGCGCGAUACCCGCGGGGUGCGAUACCUGCGGGGCGCGCUACUCGUGGGGCGCACGGCCUACAGGGCGCACUGCCCGUGGGGCGCGCUGCCUAA